AUGGGCGGCCACGAUCUGGAAAUGGAGAAAGCUCGACUGCUCAAUCUGGCUCUCAAUUUCGGGUUCGAUGAAGAAUCCGCCAACAACUGCUUGGAUCGUCUCGUUGAUCUCUACGGUGAAGAUGGUCAAGAUUUUAUUACUGUGGAGCUCUGCGGUGAUGAGUUUCUUUCACGGCUGGCUGAAACCGUUCAAGACACUGAAGAAUGGGAUGAUUUACAAGCAAUGGAGUCUGAAGCUUGUGGAGCAUUGAAUGACAUGUUUGGAAAUGGUAAUGAGGAGGGUAAUGAUGAUAAUGCUAGUGCCGAGACCAACAUGCCAGAAGAUUCAGCUGAUCGUCAAAAGUACCCAAAUUUGUUGGUGCUGGAUUCUAGUGAUAGCGAGGACUUUGAAUUAAGAACUCCGUUAAGAAGAACAGAUUGUAAAAGCACCAUUACUCGAGACGCAGUUCCAUCAAUUUCUAGUAAAAAGCAGUGUGCUCAAACAUCAAAGGAUGAAUUUAAGACUCUUACUUAUGAAGAACUACAGUUACUAGAUGAUGCUGAGCUGGCCAAUGUUGUAGCAUUUGGUAAUAGAAACUUUCGACCAUUGCAGCAUCAAGCCUGUAAAGCAGCCAUGGCAAAGAAAGAUUGCUUUAUCCUAAUGCCUACUGGAGGGGGUAAAAGUUUAUGCUACCAGCUUCCUGCGAUCCUGAAACCAGGUGUGACAAUAGUUGUCUCUCCACUGCUUUCUCUGAUUCAGGAUCAGAUAGUAACUCUGAACCUGAAGUUUGGUAUACCAGCAACUUUUUUGAAUUCUCAGCAAACUGGUUCGCAAGCAGCAGCUGUUCUCCAAGAGCUGAGGAAAGAUAAGCCGUCAUGCAAGCUUCUGUAUGUAACUCCUGAGAGAAUUGCUGGAAGCUCAUGUUUCCUUGAGGUUCUAGAAUGCUUGCAUUUGAAGGGGAUGCUAGCAGGAUUUGUUGUUGAUGAAGCACACUGCGUAAGCCAAUGGGGACAUGAUUUUCGUCCAGAUUACAAGGGAUUAGGCUGUCUUAAGCAGAAAUUUCGAGAUGUUCCAGUGAUGGCAUUGACUGCUACUGCAACCCAUCCAGUUCGUGACGACAUACUAAAAAUUUUGAAAAUUCCCCAUGCUCUUGUCCUUGAAAGAAGCUUUGACAGGCCCAAUUUGAAAUACGAAGUCAUUGGUAAGGCAAAGGAUGCACUGAAGCAGCUUGGGCAGCUACUGAUGAGCCGUUUCCAGGACCAGAGUGGAAUUAUAUACUGCCUCUCCAAAAGUGAAUCUGUUGAGGUUUCAAAAUUUCUGAAUGAGAAAUUUAAGAUUAAGACAGCACAUUACCAUGCCGGGAUAGCAGCUCGUCAAAGAGUUUCUGUACAAAAGAAAUGGUACACAGGAGAGAUCCAAAUUGUAUGUGCUACAAUUGCUUUUGGGAUGGGAAUAGACAAGCCAGAUGUUCGUUUUGUUAUACACAACAGUCUAUCCAAAUCCAUUGAAAGCUACUAUCAAGAAUCUGGAAGGGCUGGCAGAGAUGAUCUUCCUUCAGCAUGCAUUGUCCUGUACCAGAAGAAGGAUUUCAGUCGGGUUGUAUGUAUGUUGCGAAACGGACAAGGAUUUAAAAGUCAAAGAUUCAAGACAGCUAUGGCUCAAGCUCAGAAAAUGCAAGAGUAUUGUGAACUAAAGACUCAGUGUCGGAGACAAAUGUUGCUCAAACACUUCGGAGAGUCUUUUGAUGACAACUCCUGCAAAAAUGGAUCUAAUCCUUGUGACAACUGUCUCAAGAGUUCUCGUGAAACUAAGAAGUAA